CCAACUAAUGUUGGCUGUGUUUUGUUUUGACUGUGACGGUUAAGUAGCGUUUAAAAUUAAAACAUUCAUUUAAAUUAACAAUGGCGAGUGAUACCGACUCCGAAAUGAAGAAUCUCAAUACCAGUGGAUCUUUGGACAUCGAUAAUUAUCGAAAACUUGUUCAAACAUAUUUAAAUCUGCACCUGUAUGAAGCUGCCUUGUUUUGGGCAGAUAAAGUUGUUGCAUUAACUAAUGCAAACUGUAAAGAUGUUUAUUGGCUGGCACAAUGCAUGUAUCAAUUAAAGCAAUACCACAGAGCGGCGCAUUUAUUGCGUAUGAAGAAUUUAGAUCAGACUUACGUUCCAUGCAAUAAUUUAGUUGUGAGAUGUCUGCUGGAAGCACAUGAGUAUAAUGAAGCCCUGAAAGUUAUUAACUUGCUUGAUAUUGAUGCAUUUGUGCAAACACAAAGCAAUUGCACUAUUCCAUCAGUAGAUAAUGGAUUGUUAUUUGAUGACACACCCAAAUGUCAAAUGCAAUCGGCGGUUUUCCUCCUCAAAGGUAAAGUUUUAGAAGCAAUGGAUAAUCGAGGUCUAGCUGCUGAAUUCUAUCGCAAAGCAUUACAAUGUGAUGUUUACUGUUAUGAAGCAUUUGAAUGUUUGACACAACAUCACAUGCUGACAGCUGAAGAAGAACAAGAAUUGAUAAAUUCAUUGCCGUUUGCUCAGCAAUGUUCGCACGAGGAAGUGGAGGUAGUGUUACUUUUGUACAGAAGCAAAUUGAAGAAGUAUCACAUGCCCGCCGGUGAAACAACGAACAUGUUUGACGUUGAUGAAGUUACCAGCUCGGCGAAGAUAGCAAAUCCGGUAAAUUCAACUCCCGAUGUUAAACCAAUGGACUACGCUAUCAGUAAUACAAUGGUGAUACAACGUCUUCAGGACAGUUUGGACAUGGUUGUCUCAAAGGCCGAGCAAUUAUAUUACAAUUGCGACUAUCAAAAGUGCAUUACGCUUACAGAAAACAUUCUCAAGCAAGAUCCAUACCAUAGCGCAUGUCUGCCGAUACAUAUAUCUUGUUUGGUGGAACUUAAACAAAGCAAUAAACUAUUCACAUUGGCACACAAAUUGGUCGAGUUAUAUCCGAGUUUGGCAAUCUCUUGGUACGCCGUCGGUUGUUACUAUUACAUAAUAGACAAAUGCGACGCUGCACGGCGUUACUUGGCGAAAGCGACAAGCUUAGAUCGUCUCUUUGGUCCGGCAUGGUUAGCGUAUGGGCACUCAUUUGCAAUUGAAAACGAACACGAUCAAGCAAUGGCGGCUUACUUCAAGGCUUCGCAGUUAAUGAAGGGCUGUCACCUACCGCUGAUGUACAUUGGUCUGGAGUGUGGCCUUACGAACAACAUCCGAUUAGCGGAGAAAUUCUUCAAACAAGCAAACAAAAUCGCACCAGAUGAUCCGUUUGUCUUGCAUGAGCGCGGUGUAAUUGCGUUUCACAAUCAAGAUUACCAUUUAGCUGAAACUUAUUACCGCGCUGCAUUAAAAAUAAUCAAAAGCCGAAAAUGCACAUUAAUGCCUGAACAAUGGGCACCACUGCAUAACAACUUGGGGCACACGUUGAGGAAACAGAAAAAUUACAAGCAAGCGCUACAGCAUCAUCAUAAGGCAUUGGUUUUGACUCCGCAAAACUCCAACAUUUACUCAGACAUCGCGUACGUGCAUGCAUUAAUGAAUAACCUGGAGGAAGCAGCCGAUUGGUUCCACCGUGCGUUAGGAUUACGGCGGGACGACACGUUCAGCACGACGAUGCUUGGUCUUGUUAUUGAACAGCUCUGUGAAGAACAACCGCCUUACCCGGGAGCCCCGGAUGGUAUACCUUCAUUUUCAAGCGAAUCCAAUCCAUCUGACGAGGUACCAUGUUCACCAAACGAGUCCAACGAGUUUGAAAUGGAAUAAUUUACAUAAGGGGGUAUUAUUCAACUUAGUUAUUUAUUAUUUUCGUAUUAAAUCAAAUAAAUAAAAACUGUAUAUGGGACGCAUUA